GAGGGGACAGGAGGCGGGGAAUGACCUCCAAGGAGGUUAAAUAGGUCACCUCAACACUGGGCACCAAGACAAGCAGAGGGACCCUUGAAGAUCUUCACCUGUGCUUCUGGCACAAUGAUGGCACUCCGGACGCUGCUCCUGGCUGCCCUGCUUCUGGGGACGUUUCUGCAGCAUGCCAGUGCUGCUCGAGCCACGAACGUAGGCCGAGAGUGCUGCCUGAAGUACUUCAAGGGGGCCAUCCCCAUCAGGAGAGUGGUGACGUGGUACAGGACCUCAGCUGAGUGUCGAAGAGAUGCCAUUGUGUUUGUGACUGUCCAGGGCAAGAACAUCUGUUCAGACCCCAAAGACAAACAUGUGAAGAAGGCCCUCAGAUACCUCGGAAGCCUGAAGCCAUAGCCUGUGACCGUCCCCCCCACCCCGGCAGCAUUUGGAGACCCCAGUGUUGGUGUCCACGAUCUCAACUCAAAGCUGCCUGCAUCCAGGGGAGGCCUGAAGAGCACAAGAGAAGCCAUGGAGUGGGAGUCCCUGUCCCCUUUUAUGGACUCAAGUUACAGACUCCAAAAACUCCCAUUAAAGCCCUCCUCCUUUA